AUGGCGUCCUAUGACCAAAAUCAGCCGGACUACAGUACGCCGGAAGGCCAAGCCUAUUGGGCCUACUACCGACAACAGCAACAACAACAACCAGGGGCACAGCCUGAGCAGGAUCCAUACGCUUCUUCUGCAACCUACGGAGAUCAAGCUCAACAACCCCAAAAUCCCUACGCACCACCGCCACCAAGUUCUGAUCCAUAUGGACAGUCUUCUGGGCCACCUGCUGGAUCAGAUCCCUAUGGUCAAAGCCGAGGAAGCAGCCGCGGAGGAUACGACGGUGGUCGUGGAGGUGGAAGAGGAGGUUACGAUUCAGGACGUGGAGGUGGAUAUGAUGGAGAACGUCGCGGUGGCAGUCGCUGGGACGAUGGAAAUUCUGAUCGGCAGGGCGGACCUCCAGGAGGAAGAGGAGGUUAUCAAGAUAGAGGACCACGUCGCGAUGGACCAGGAGGUGGCUCUUAUGGCGGCGGUAACACUGGCGGAGCAGGAGCGGGAGGUCGCGAAUUCGGCUCUGAUGGACGCGUCGAGCUGAAAGAGACUGUUUUCGUGCAAGGAAUUUCUACUACGGCCAACGAAGCCUACAUUGCCGAUGUCUUCAGUACUUGUGGCGACAUUGCUAAGAACGAUCGCGGACCACGCAUCAAGAUCUACACGGAUCGCAAUUCUGGAGAGCCGAAGGGAGAAUGCAUGAUCACAUUUGUUGAUUCUGCUGCAGCCCAACAAGCUAUCACCAUGUACAAUGGGCAACCAUUUCCAGGAGGAUCAAGCCCAAUGAUCAUCUCACUAGCCAAAUUCCGAGCUGACGGAGGAGACAGAGGUGGUCGAGGUGGAGGAUUCGGUGGACGUGGUGGGGGUGGCCGCGGCGGAUUCGGCGGACCUAUGGGAGGACGUGGCGGUGGUUACGGUGGUGACCGCGGAGGAGAUCGUGGAGGUUACGGAGGUGGCAGCCGUGGAGGAUAUGACGGAGGACGUGGAGGCGGUGGUGGAUUCCGCGGAGGCGAUCGUGGUGGUGAUCGUGGAGGUUUCCGUGGAGGCGACCGUGGCGGAUUCAGAGGCGGAGAUCGUGGAGGAUUCCGAGGAGGCGACAGAGGCGGAUUCCGUGGAGGACGCGGUGGUGGUGGAAAUGCCAAUAUGGAGCAAAGAAAGAAUGACUGGCCAUGUGAUCAAUGUGGAAACAGUAACUUUGCAUUCAGACGGGAAUGCAAUCAGUGCCAAGCUCCACGACCAGAUGGAGGACCAUCCGGUGGCGGUGGUGAUCGCCGCGGUGGAGGUCCACCAGGAGGAGACAGAUACCGUCCAUAUUGA